AUGCUCGUGGUUCAUAAUCAGACUCUAACUGAGGAGAUCACUGUCCUCAAUGCAAUCUACGGCGAUGGCAGCGUUCAGGCCACUUUUUCUGACAACCAUCAUAGCACAAUUUCCCUUCAACUUCCCGGCUUGAAUUACGCAUUCCUCCUUCGAGUCCUCGAUACAUACCCUCAAUCUCAGCCGACUGUUAUUGGUGUUGAUGAUUUGGUGGCAAGUUUGAAACCGGUUGUGCAACAAAAUGUCGUCUUCUUUGGAGCCUGCGUUGCCGCUGUCCAUCAUAGUGGCGAAGUCUGCCUUUUUGAUGCCAUUCAAGAAUUCAAUCCAAUCUUAGAAAUCCAACGGAAAUAUGCUCAAUCAAAUGGCGAUCAAGAAAAGCAUCAAGAAUUGAUGGGCGAGAGAUCUCUCAUGGUGAGAGAAUUAGCAAUCCGCGCCAGGGAAAGGGCGACAUGGCGGCCAGGUGUCGGAGAAGACUCGCUCUUCGCUGUCGUUGAUUGCGCAGCCUGUAUGGAACCGUUCUUCAGAGUGGAAAUGGCGAACCUGGUCUGUCGCCACGCAUUUUGCAGAGAAUGCUUACACGGCUAG